CAGACAGACACCAGCACUGCCACAGCCACCCCACGGCUCUGAUCCUGCAGGGAAAUGUUGCCAGCAACAUCCAAACUCUGCGCUGCCAUCUCCUACCGGCACCUGCGCAACAUGACGGGUCUGAGGAGACAAGCRGCCGUGGCCAUCAGCCAGGAGCUGAGCAGACUCGCCUGUCACAGCCCCGGAGCCAGUGCCUGGAUCCACCAAGUGCGCAGGAGGAGCUCCCUGCUCAGCUCAAGGCUGGAGGAGAAGCCCUUCAGCGAGAUGGAAAUGUCUUACAUCAAGCAAGGAGAGGAAGCCCUGCAGAAAUCCCUCCGAAUCCUGGAGGACCAGGAUGACUGGAAGACAGAGACGGUGGCGGGUAAYGGAGACAAAGUGCUGAGCAAGGUUCUGCCGGGCGUGGGGAAGGUGUUCCGGCUGGAGGUGGUGGUGGAYCAGCCCCUGGACGCCGUGUACGGAGAGCUGGUGGACAACAUGGAGCAGAUGGGAGACUGGAACCCCAACGUCAAAGAAGUCAGGAUUCURGAGAAGAUUGGGAAGGACACGGUGAUCACCCACGAGAAGGCAGCAGCGACCCCGGGGAACAUYGUUGGGCCCCGGGACUUUGUGAGCGUCCGGUGCGCCAAGAGACGCGGCUCCACCUGCGUCCUGGCCGGAAUGUCCACCACCUACGGAGCCAUGCCCGAGCAGGAGGGCUUCAUCAGGGCUGAGAACGGUCCCACGUGCAUGGUCCUGCGGCCGCUGGCCGGCAGCCCCUCCCAGACCAGGCUCACCUGGCUGCUCAGCAUCGACCUCAAGGGAUGGCUGCCCAAGACCAUCAUCAACCAGGUUCUGUCCCAGACACAGGUGGACUUCGCCAAACACCUGCGGCAGCGCCUGGCACGGCCGGUGCCCGUCAGCUGCUGAC